AUGUCUUUGGUUUGCGCAAGUAAGUUGAACAUGCCUCUCGUGAAAUGAGCUAGCUAACGUUAGCCAUCAUUGGCUACCUAGCAGUGUGCAACGCUAGCUAACGUUAGCUAGUAGCUGAUUGUUUGUAGUCUGUCACCUUUUAGCAACAUGGUAUUCAUGGUGGCUUACCAGUUGGUUAUAUUUGUUAACCGUAACAGCUCUAAUCUAUUCAUGAAAUGAUAAUUGUACGUAUCCGCUUACUCAGACUGGUCUCAUUGACUAGACGUAACAUAGUAAACGUAAAUCCGGGAACUUCAAAUUAGUAUAGUAUGUUAGUUUUGAAAUUCGAAUACGCGAACUUAUAGCAACCCAAAUGUUGCGUGUUCGAAUCUCAUUACGGACAACUUCAGCAUUUUAGCUAGUUAGCAACAACUUACUACUUUUUAGUUACUUUGUAACUACUUAGUAUGUUAGCUAACCUUAACCAUUUAACCUAACUCCUAUCCUUAACCCCUAGAGCUAGCUAACGUUAGCAUUAGCCACCUAACUAACUUUAGCUACAACAAAUUGGAAUUCAUAACAUAUACCCUUUGUAACAUUGAACAUUUUGCAGAUUCGUAACAUUGUACGAAUUGCAAUUCGUAGCAUAUCAUACGAAUUGUAAUUCGUAACAUAUAUGAAAUGGAUGAUGGACAUCCACAAAUUAGCACAUACCAUACGAAACGUAACAUAUACUAAAUUGAGGGUCUCGGAUUCACAUACAGAAUAAUACGAAAUGCUCUGAGACCACGUUGACUUACUCAACCCCCCUACUCAGUUUCCAAUGAGGUCCCGGAGCACCCAUGCGUGUCCCCGGUGUCCAACCAGGUGUUCGAGCGCCGACUGAUCGAGAAGUUCAUCGCGGAGAAUGGAGUAGACCCAAUGAAUGGCCAACCACUGUCCGAGGAGCAACUUAUCGAUAUUAAAGGUAAACAGAGGGUGGGAAUAGACAGUCAACGUAAUCAGUGUAGGGUCAAUCACAUCAAACAUGUACUGAUAUUAGUUUUAGCUUAAGAAGGAGAACUGAGUUGGUUCAAUGUAUUCAAAGAUUUUGGAAUGGAUUUGAAUCAUUGUUUUUGCUGCUCUUUCUUCUGUUGCCCAGUGUCUCAUGCUAUCCGACCAAAGGCUGCCUCCGCUACCAGUAUCCCUGCCAUACUCAAGUCUCUGCAAGAUGAGUGGGUGAGUGUCUAGACUGUCUGGAGUUUGUGGUCUGGCUGUGGACCGUGUUAGAGCAGAAUACUGUUCCUCAGUCGUAUUAAAUCUCUCCCUCAAUGUCUUCCCUUUCAAGGAUGCGGUGAUGCUCCACAGUUUCACUCUGAGGCAGCAGCUGCAGACGACUCGCCAGGAGCUCUCUCACGCCCUCUACCAGCAUGACGCAGCCUGCAGAGUCAUCGCCCGUCUCACCAAGGAGGUCACUGCAGCCAGAGAGGGUAAGAGAGAGCCAAGGUGGCUUUAGUGGGGAUCUCUAUAGUCUGAAGUGUUUUUCCUCAUCUCCUCUCCUUCACUGACCUGUGAAGGCCAAUGCUUACUCUGUGCCCAUUCUCCCAUUCUACAGCACUGGCCACACUCAAGCCCCAAGCCGGAUUGGUCGCCCCUCAGGCUAUGCCCGCCUCUCAGCCAGCCGCUGGGGUGAGUGAUUGGCCUAGAUUCUCAUCCAUCAAACAUAAUUCCUGUCUAUCAGAGACUGAGGAUACAUGCUGUCUCUCUUUCUCUUUUCUAACUCAUCUUCUCUGUGUUGGUUUACCCCUCCCUCUCGCAGGGUGCAGGUGGGGAGCCCAUGGAGGUUAGUGAGCAGGUGGGAAUGACUCCAGAGAUCAUCCAGAAGGUAAGAGCUUUUUCCCCCCUUUCCCUCUUUUUAUCCCCUGUGAUUAGUGUUCUCAUUACUCUUGAGACCCUCCCAAUAUGGGAAUGGAUUUGUGAUUCAUUGAAUUCUGUUUAAAGUCUAUUUUUCGCUCCUCUGCUGCUCUGUUUUCAGCUCCAAGAUAAGGCCACCGUCCUUACUACAGAGAGAAAGAAGGUAAGAUUUUAAUUCAAGAAAAUGUCUGUGUCUCAUGCGUUGUAGGAUUGCAGAGAUGGAUGAUCAAACCACUCAAUCUUUUAAUACACCCUCUCAUUUAGUCCCUUAUGUUUGCUCACUCCUCCCUUCUCCCUCCCUAACCAGAGAGGUAAGACCGUGCCAGAGGAGCUGGUCAGGGCUGAGGAUCUCAGCAAGUACCGCCAAGUGGCUUCCCACGCUGUGAGUACCACUGUCUCUGUAGGACUGUAAUAACCUGUAGUUGGACUGACUGAGCUGCUUAGUACUAUCUGAGGUUGCCCUGAACUGUCUGUCCAUAUAGUGACCAUGUUCUUUUGAAUCUCUUAGGGUCUUCAUAGCGCCAGUGUCCCAGGAAUCCUGUGUAUGGACCUCUGUCCUUCAGACACCAACAAAGUACUCACUGGUAAGCACCCUCUUCUUUUUUUUGUAUCGCUCUCCCCCACUUAUUAUUUUCUCUCCAUCUCUUUUUCUUGCAUAUCUAAACAAUGUAAAUGAUGACUGUAUUCUGUGUUGCCAGGUGGGGCUGAUAAGAACGUGGUGGUGUUUGAUAAGAAGGAGGAACAGAUCAUCACCACCCUUAAGGGUCACACCAAGAAGGUCACCUCUGUCAUCUACCACCCCUCCCAGGUAACAGACCUGUCCAGACACCUGUCCUGGGUGGAACUUCUACAACAUAGGAUCUAAAAGAAUGAACUAUGCCACUUUUCAUAGAGGUUAUCUGAGCAUUGUACAUACAGUGAAAUUCCAAGUAAAGGAGGAGUUAAAAGAUGAGGGCUUGAUCUUUGUACCUUGUUGAACAUGUGCUGUGUCCUAGUUUGUAACCUGCACUAACUAACUUGCCUGAUUUCCUUCCACACACUUUCUUUUAUUUAUAUUUUCUGUCUUUCUUUCCUCUCCAGUCGGUGGUGUUCUCUGCCUCUCCAGACAGCACCAUCCGGGUGUGGUCCGUUACUGGGGGCAACUGUGUCCAGGUGGUGCGAGCUCACGAGGCGAGCGUGACUGGGCUGUCACUUCACGCCACCGGAGACUACCUGCUUAGCUCCUCUGAGGACCAGGUCAGUCUCCUGUACUGUUACAACACCCGGGCCCACCAUAUUGUCACAACACCCGGGCCCACCAUAUUGUCACAACACCCGGGCCCACCAUAUUGUCACAACACCCGGGUCACCUGUUCUGUGGAAUAGAAUGCACCUGCUGUACUGUUGUCAAUAGUAAAUGAUGGCGUCUGUGUUGGUGGAUGUGUGUUAACACUCUGUUACUCUCUCUUUCAGUACUGGGCCUUCUCCGACAUACAAACUGGCCGAGUCCUUACCAAAGUCACUGAUGAGGCUGCUGGUGUUGGUAAGUGUGUUUGUGGUCUGCACAUAUGAAUACGGAAACUGGGUUCCGGUUUUCCCUGUGUCACAUAUUUAUUCCCUCCUCUCCCCAGCUCUUACUUGUGCUCAGUUCCACCCUGACGGUCUGAUCUUUGGGACGGGAACUGCCGACUCCCAGAUCAAGAUCUGGGAUCUGAAGGAGCGCACCAACGUGGCCAACUUCCCUGGCCACUCCGGCCCCGUCACCUCCAUUGCCUUCUCUGAGAACGGAUACUACCUGGCCACAGGUCAGUCUCUCUCCAACCACCGAGCCAAUAGAGAUUGUACUCUAACUAUUUGCACAUUGUUACAACACUGUACAUAGCCAUAAUCAUGUCUCUAUUCUUUUGAAACUGAUGUGUAAUGUUUACUGUUCAUUUCUAAUUUGUUUAUUUCACUUUCGUUUGAUCUAUUUCACUUGCUUUGGCAAUGUAAACAUGUUUUCCAUGCCAAUAAAGCCCUUUUGAAUUGAUAUACAAUCUGUAAAAUGUAAUCACAAAACAGUGUAAAUGAUGUUGUAUUUCUCAUGGAUUCCCUGACCUAGUCUCUCUCCCUCUCUGCUCCAGGUGCCCAGGACAGCUCUGUGAAGCUGUGGGAUCUGAGGAAACUGAAGAACUUCAAGACCAUCGCCCUGGACAACAACUACGAGGUGAGAAUGAGAGACCAUGCGGAGUCUGCUAGCUACAAUAUUCCCCAUCUCUCGGACAAGAGUAAUUAAUUUACUGCAAUUAACAUGGUUAUUUCUUGUGGAGUUUUUCAGCGGAACCUUAUUCUCGCUCUCUCUCUCGUUCUGUCUCAGGUUAAGUCUCUGGUGUUUGAUCAGAGUGGUACAUACUUGGCUGUGGGUGGAUCUGACAUCAGGGUGUACAUCUGCAAGCAGUGGUCGGAGGUCCUAAACUUCAGCGGUGAGAAACAUUCAUAGCCUCUUACAUUUAUAUCCACAUUCAACCUUCAUCUGACCUUGUUUGCUCACUGUAAACCAGUGAUAAAAACAAUUCAUACAUGCGUACACAUGGGGAGGAAAAACUGUGUCCUAUGGCAUGCCUCAUCUUACAGUAGUCACCUUCAUGUCUGUCUUUUUUUUUUUUUUUUCAUCUUUAAACAUGUCUUUCUUUCUUCCCUCUUCCUCUUUUUCCAGACCACUCUGGCCUGGUGACCGGUGUGGCGUUUGGAGACAAUGCUCAGUUCCUUUCCUCCGCCGGAAUGGACAGAAGCCUCAAGUUCUACAGCCUGUAA